AUGACCAUAUUGAAGAUUCUCAGAUUUUUCCCCAAAUUACCACCACCCACCAUUACCAUUUACCAAUCUAGGGCUCUCAUCGUCUUAGUCGUCAACCGGUCCCCCACUACCGCAGGCCACAAUAGCCAGCAGACGCUGCAGCGCCACUCGCCAGGUUCGCCAGAUCGCCACCGAGUCCAGACGUCCAAUGAAGCAGGCUGCCCGCACAGCGGCACAAGUCGCACUCUUCUUCAAAAAAUUCCUGCCACUACUUCUAGCCGAGCACUCGAGUUGUUAAAUAGCAUAAAGAAGUCUCAGGCUCAAUUCAAUGUAGAUGAUCUUAUAUCUAAUCCAGGAAAACGUCCCCCUAUCGAGUCAUAUGAUCCUAAUAUCAGAGAUGAUGUUAGGAUGACAUAUUUGCAAAAAGGUCCUUGUCAACCACAUGGACAUGAUUUUCCAAGAAGACGGAUAGGAAAUGAUAAUAGUAUAGAAAAUGAUGCGGCUUAUUGUUUGCAUUGCUACUUAUUCAAACCAGAUAGAGGGGGUCAAGGGGGUGGACAUAUAUUCACUAAGACUGGCUUUAGGGAUUGGAAGCUCAAAAGUACAUUGAAAGAUCAUAUCGGGCUCAUUGAUAGUGCUCAUAAUCAAGUUUUUGCAAAGUGUACCAAUUUGAUGAAUCAAAAGCAAAGUAUCUCCCAUCUUAUUUCUAGCCGAAAUAGUAGUCAACAAAAAAAUUUUAGGACAAGGUUGAUUGCAGUGCUAGACUGUACUAGAUUUCUCUUGAUGCAAGGAUUGUCAUCUCGUGGUCAUGAUGAAUCGAAAGAGUCUCUUAAUAAAGGAAAUCUGAUUGAGCUACUAAAUUGGUAUACAACUCGUCGUAAGAAAAUUAAUGAAGUACUAUUUAAUAAUGCUCCUGGAAAUGAUCAAAUGACUUCACCAAGCAUCUGUAAGGAUUUGAUUAAUUGCUGUGCUGUAGAGACGACAAAGUCUAUGGUCAAUGAGAUGGGCGAUUCCUUGUUUUCAAUUUUGGUUGAUGAGUCUCGUGAUAAUUCUAUAAAAGAACAAAUGGCAGUUGUUUUGAGGUUUGUUGACAAAAGUGGACAAGUGAAGGAGCGUUUGUUGGGCAUUUGCCACAUCGCUGAUACUUUUGCCCAAUCAUUCAAGGAUGCCAUUGAUGCAAUAUUUUCUACACGUGGGUUGAGCAUAUCUAGUCUGAGAGGUCAAGGUUAUGAUGGAGCAAGCAAUAUGUCAGGUGAGUUCAAUGGCUUAAAAGCUUUAAUUUUAAGAGAGAACCCAUGUGCUAUGUAUAUUCAUUGCUUUGCUCACCAGCUUCAGUUGGCAGUUGUUUCUGUGGCACAUAGGAACGUUAUGCUUAGUGAUUUAUUUAACAUGCUUGCUAUUAUUGUGAAUUUGGUUAGUGCAUCAUGUAAACGUAUAGAUGCUCUUCGAACAAGUUAUCAUGUUGAAAUUCUGGAGAUGCUUACUAUUGAGGAACUUUCUGCUGGAAUUGGUCAGUUUCAAGAAAUGAGUUUGGCACGUCCAGGUGAUACUAGAUGGGGCUCACAUCUAAAGAUAGUUACUCGCUUUAUUAGUAUGUUUAAUGUGAUCAUAGAUGUUCUUGAGAAUAUAUCAGAAGACGGCAUAAGUUUACAACAAAAAUCAAUGGCCAUCAGACAGAUGGACACUAUGCAAGAUUUUCAAUUUGUGUUCAGUCUCCAUUUUAUGUUUAAAAUUCUUGUAAUUACAGACGACCUUUCACAAGUCUUACAGAAAAAUGAUCAGAAUAUUCAGAAUGUUAUGAAAUUAUUGAAGUUGUGUAAGUACGCAUUGCAGAACAUGAGAGACAAUGAUUGGGAUACUUUGUUGAGUAAGGUAAUUCAGUUUUGUGUUGAUAGACAUAUUUCAGUGCCCAACAUGGAUGAUAUUGUAGUAUCGAAAGGUCGACCUAGGCGUGCAAGUCAUCAGGUGACUUAUUAUCAUUGUUUUUAUGUUGAUUUAUUUUGUCAUGUGAUAGAUUCAAUCUUGCAAGAGUUGAAUUAUCGUUUUCCAGAAACAACUACUGAGUUUUUUACUUACAUUUCGUGUUUAAGUCCAAGAGAUUCAUUUGCAGCUUUUGAUGUAUGUAAAUUGGUACGACUUGCUCAUUUAUAUCUUAUGGAUUUCAAUAGUGAAGAGCUUUUAUUACUUAGACCUCAACUUGACAAGCUGAUCACAUUAGUUUUGAUAUUACCUAUGACAACUGCAAGUGUUGAAAGGGUAUUCUCUGUUAUGAAUCUAAUCAAGAAUGAUUUGCGCAACAAAAUGGGAGAUGAAUUGUUGAAUGACAAUUUGGUAAAGGACUCCUACAAUAAUGGGAAAAAAAAUUUACAAUACGAUUUCAAGGAAGUAGUGCUACUUCAUUUAAGUUUAUGUCCCCCUUCCUAUUGUUCUCGUGAGAUUGAUUCUAUAAACAGUUGGAACAUCCCAACCAUCCCUUUCUUGGUGGAGUCAGAAAACUCACUGAGGCUGUAUUGA